AUGUGCUUGUAAUAGUAUUAUAGGUAAAAUGGUGGUAAACCAUAUUUGUUUGAAUGUAGUUUUUGGUCUGGAGUUGGGGUUCACCCUCUGUUAAAGUGGUACACUCCUCCUAGUGUCGGAUUGACGCUUCGCCUCUCCCGGUGUUCUUCUCAACACUCAGCGGACAAAGAAUGAGUCAAACAACAGGCAGGAGGAAAAUGACGAUUCGUUCUCUCUGAUUGCGAAACUUUUUAUUCAAAAAAUGAACUGGCUGCUAGAUCGAUGGAUUGUUUUGUGCUUAACAGUCUGUGUGUGUGCUGGGGUGCAGGUGACCGUUCGGGAGGAGAGGCGUUUCGCCAUGCUCUUCCAGUCCGUGGUACUCCAGUGCCAAUACCACACACCCUCCACACAGACCCCUGUGGUGCAGUGGUGGUACAAGUCCUACUGCCGUGACCGCACACAAGACUCCUUCACCUUCCCCGAGAGCCUGGGGGUCCAGGGGUCCGAGCUGGGCGCCGCGGCCCAACUGGAGUGCUCGGACAGCAGCCGCACCGUCCGCAUCGUAGCCUCCGGCCAGGGUGCCUCCAUGACGCUGGCUGAGCACUACAAGGGCCGAGACAUCGCCAUCGUCAACAAGGCGGACCUGCGGAUCGGGGACCUGCAGUGGGGCGACAGCGGCGUGUACUUCUGUAAGAUAGUCAUCGCUGACGACCUGGAGGGGAAGAACGAGGGCCAGGUGGAGUUACUGGUGCUGGGUAGGACAGGUAUGCUGAACGAUCUCCUGCCUGAGUUUGAUGUGGAGAUUAUGCCAGAGUGGGUGUUUGUGGGAUCUGUAGUCCUGGGCAGUAUCCUGUUCCUGUUGUUGAUGGGGAUCUGCUGGUGUCAGUGCUGCCCUCACUCUUGCUGCUGCUACCUCCGCUGCUGCUGCUGCCCCGACACCUGCUGCUGCCCACGCCACCUCUAUGAGGCGGGGAAGAUGGUGAAGAGGGGCCAGCCUCCCCAGGUUGUUGUGUACCCCCCUUACUGCAUCCCUGGGGUCCCCACCAUGGUCCCCUUCGCCCCGCCGUCCCUCGCGGAACCUAAGAUGGUCUCCCUCCCCUCAGUGGAGAACAACCUGGCUGGGGCAGCCAGUAGCCUAUCAGAGCUCAGCUCUCUGCAUGAGGGAUGGGACACGGAUUUCCGGCAGACCUAUCGGACAGUCCAGAUGAAAGCUCUCCCACCCAUCGCUGACCUCGAUGACCAAUCAGAGCUCAUGGCAGCUCCUGUGCACAACAGUCGUCGACCCAGGCAUUACCGUGGCAACCACACUGAUGACGAGCAAGACAGCAGAUGGAACCCUCGCUCUGUGCACCUGGAGAGGAGGACAUUGGGCUCCAGGGGGCGUACUGGCUCUCUGGAUGAGCUGGAGGAAUUUGCUAUGUCCUUUGGCCCCCGUGCCCGGAGGGGCGACCCCCGUGACCAGGACAGGGACUACGACCUGGAACUACGGGGGCGAGAGCACUACCCCCCGUACCGGGACCACAGCCCCUCACGCCGUUUCCAUGGAGACAGGGAUGAUGACUGGCACCCCCGCCGCAGCCCGCCUCCGCAGAAGAAGAGGGACAUGUGGGACGAUCUCCCCUCUUGCCCCCACCAGCACACCCAGGGGCGGAGGGGAUACGAUGACGCAUUCCUCAACAACUUAUUGGAGCGCAAGGCAAGGGGGAGAGCAGGAGAGAAGGGGGAGAGAGGAAAGGGACGGAUUGACGAGGACAGUGACACUCCCUCCAAGGGCAGUUCAAAGGGCAAGGGCAGCGACGGUUUCUACAGCCGGUCACCUACCAACAGGCCCGAGGAGGAUGACCCUUUGCCUCCAUACUCGGAGCUAGAGAUGGAAAGGUACCGGAUGGUCAACCCAACCACUGAACGUUACCGCAUGGUCGAAUCGCCCUCAGAACGAUACAGCACCACUGACCAGGCCAUGCAAUCGUUCUCCUAUACCCGUCCCCCUAAAGGACUGGCCCACACCAUACAGGGGGGCAGAGAGGACAGGGACAACAACCGAAAUAUGACCCCUGCUCUGAGCAGAGAUUCUCUCAUAGUGUGACACAUCAGAGAGAACUCAAGCCUGUGCCUGCACAGCACUGCCAGCAUUGAGAAUCUCACAUCACUCACUUAAAACAUCAUGCAUCAGCCUGGGAGUGACUAACUGAUCAUCCUCAUCAUCAACAACCUGAAGAGGCUUAUCCAAUAGAAGGUUUCCAUCCACAGAAGGGAGGCACCUUGCAUGGAUCACGAGAAGAAAAUGGAACGUGAAUUGUUUAUGCAUUGAUUUAAGGAACAUUUGGUCACCAUUUUGUGUGUAUGUGUGUUGAGCGUAGAUGCAUUACAUACACACCGUUUGAAUGGGUAUGUAUGGCUGCAACGUGGGUGUCAAGCAUUUGUGUGGAUGUGUACUGUACUGUAUGUCCAUAUUUAGGUUUAUCUGUGAAACUCAAACCAAGCAUUCCACAGAGCAGUCCCCCUCUCUCAACUACAAAGCACGGUGAAAGUUAGUUCCCGUGAAGUUAUGCUGACAGCAAUGAUACGAUUAGGGCUAUUGGUAGGUAUCGAUCGAUAGGUAUUGAUUAGGUGUGGAGGCAGAGCUACUAUAAGGGUUUUUAAAAAAAGGAAAGCGGUCAUCAAAGAAACUUCAUAUGAUCAAUUCAUGUGUGUUAAAUUCAGGAUUGUUUUGAUCAAUUCAUGUGUGUUAAGUUCAGGAUUGUUUUGAUCAAUUCAUGUGUGUUAAGUUCAGGAUUGUUUUGAUCAAUUCAUGUGUGUUAAGUUCAGGAUUGUUUUGAUCAAUUCAUGUGUGUUAAGUUCAGGAUUGUUUUGAUCAAUUCAUGUGUGUUAAGUUCAGGAUUGUCUUGAUCAAUUUUCAACAACUAUAAUAUGUCAACUUACCAUUAUAAUUGUAAAUCCAAUGCUCCUCCACGUGUCAUACAUUUCAUCAGACUAUAAGAAACAUAAUAGGUGUCAAUUGUGCCAUAAAAAAGACAACUCAGGUUCACCUGCCUUCAUUGUGUGUGUGUGUGUGUGUGUGUGUGUGUGUUUGUGUGUCAUGUACUGUACCUACUGUAAAUGUACUGUACCUACUGAGCUUGAAUUUAUAUUACAGUAAUAGUAUUCUUUAUUAGCCCACAAUAUUAAUUGGACAUGCCCUUAUUGGCCACAGGUAACUGUGUUUUGAAACUGUGCCAAUCAGCCAUAGCAGAUGUUUGUAUUUCACUUGUUUGACAUUGGUUUUGAUAUAAACACACUCUCUUAGA